UUCAUCUACAAAUCAUCUCUCAAAAUGCCUUCCCAGCUAGCCUCGGUCAUCCUCCUGACUCUCUCAACCCUCGCUCUCGCGUCCCCAUUGUCUCCCCGUGCAGCCUCUCGCACAGGCAAAGUCUUCCUCCAUAAGACUAGCGAUGGCAUCACCGGUAAAAAGGUUGGCUGCCUCGAUGUCAGUGGCCGUCUUAUUCUCGAAUCUUCCGCCUGCGCCAGCUAUACGGUUCCACCUGGCCCAGCCAUAACUAUUGCGCGCACCAGCGCUGGUGAAUGUGGCAUGAGCUUUGCAGAUGAGCCUCAGAAUCCGGACACUGGAUUUCCUGGUAUGAGCGCGUUUAGGUGCAAGAGUGAGGGAACUGGGUCACACGACGCCGGUGAUCAAUUUGAUCUUGUAGAGAGCCAAGGGGUCACACAGGUGUUUACUGUUCUUGGAUCAGGUGCCAACGAUGGAGUGUUCACCAAGAAGCUUCCUGCGGGUGAUGGGGAUGCGGUUGAUGUUUUUACAAGGGGUUUCAAUCUUGGAGAGGGGAGCAUAGAUAUGCUCUGGACCUUCCAGGACAUUUAG